AGCGGAAGUGUCGGCGGCGCGCAAGUAGGAAGUGUUGGUUUUCUGGCGUGGAGAUGGCCGCGCUUGUCCCGCUGCCCCCGCUGCCCCCCCAGUUUAAGAGCAUCCAGCAUCACCUGCGGACGGCGCAGGAGCACGACAAGCGGGACCCUGUGGUGGCCUAUUACUGUCGUUUAUAUGCCAUGCAAACUGGAAUGAAGAUUGAUAGUAAAACUCCUGAGUGUCGUAAAUUUUUAUUAAAAUUAAUGGAUCAGUUAGAAGCUCUUAAGAAACAGUUGGGUGAUAAUGAAGCUGUUACUCAAGAAAUAGUUGGUUCUGCCCAUUUGGAGAACUAUGCUCUGAAAAUGUUUCUGUACGCAGACAAUGAAGAUCGUGCUGGGCGAUUUCACAAAAACAUGAUUAAGUCCUUCUAUACUGCAAGCCUUUUAAUAGAUGUCAUAACAGUGUUUGGAGAGCUCACUGAUGAAAAUGUGAAACACAGAAAAUAUGCAAGGUGGAAGGCCACAUAUAUCCAUAAUUGUUUGAAGAAUGGAGAGACUCCUCAAGCAGGCCCUGUUGGAAUUGAUGAAGAUAAUGAUGGUGAAGAAGGUGAGGCUGCUGGAGCAGCCUCCUUGCCCACUCAGCCUCCUCAGCCAUCCACCUCUUCGGCGUUUGAUCCAGGCAGCGUGCCGGCAGGCAGCUACAGUGGAAUACAGAUUCCUCCAGGUGCACAUGCUCCGGCCAACACUCCAGCAGAGGUGCCUCAUAGCACAGGUGUAGCAAGUAAUACUAUCGAGCCUACGCCACAGACUAUUCCAGCCAUUGAUCCUGCACUUUUCAAUACAGUUUCCCAGGGCGAUAUCCGCCUCACCCCCGAGGACUUUGCUAGAGCUCAGAAGUACUGCAAGUACGCAGGCAGUGCUUUGCAGUACGAAGAUGUCAGCACUGCCGUGGAGAACCUGCAGAAAGCGCUGAGGCUGCUGACGACGGGCAGAGAAUGAAGCGUGAGCGCAGCAGGUCCAAGCGUUUUUCACAGAAGGGACUAACACAGUCUGUCUCUCUCUAUCUUCAGCCUAUCUGGAGCACAGUUUUAAGAAAGACUUCAGUUGCUUUGAAUUUGACAGUGAAAAUUGUGUCAGAUUCGUUUUGAAGCAUUCAUCUGCAGUUCAACCAGUUUUUAUUGUCUACUCAGUGGAUCCAGUAAUGGCUGGUUAAUAUUAGGGCUGAUAUUAGCAAGAACCUAAAAAUACCCUUUGAAUCCUGCUUCAAAAGGUAAAAACACCCUUCCAGGAAAUAUACAUGGGAAAUAAGCUUUUUGAAUUUACAAACCCUGAGGGAAUUUUUUAGAAUACAUAAUUUUUGGAUAAAUGAAUCGUAAUACUUUGCUAUAAUAUUCUAAAUUGCAUAAAGAUUCCAAAAUAGUCUAGAUAAGAGAUUUUUUUUUUGUUUUCUUCAAGAUAUAAAACAAAUGAAUGUCCUAAACUGUUAGAUUGACCAAAAAACAUUGUGUUCAAAAGUCAAUUUAUUCAUCAAAUAUAACUACAUAAAAGUUUAAAAUUCAUGGAAAGAAAAAUAAUCUGAUAAAGAGGUAGAGUGGCUUCCGGGCCUAAUAACAGUAGAAGAAUAAUGUUGGUUUCCCAGAUGUCUUUCCUUACCCACUGAAGCUUAAGGUGAGCUGGUAUUUGCUGCAUCAGCAGUCUAACUGCAUGUCUUAGGGAAGGAAAGCAUAUCCGUGGGAACACCUGGACACUUGGUGCUUUAAGUUGAGGUUCUCCUCUGCUGCUGUGUCGGAUCCGUAGAGUACACAGCUGUGACUGAGCGAGAGGAUGGACAAGCCUUUAGGUUCUCAGUUGUUCAGUUCAUAAAUGUGUGAGAAACUAUGGACUCACCAUGUCACCUGCAUUUGUGCUGUGUAAAAAUAAAUAAAUAAAUACAAGGUUUCUUUUUUC